AUGGUCUUCAGGUUACGGCAUGAGCUGUGGUCUUGCUCGGAAAAUCCGACGUACACGACAGCCCUGUCUCGCACCGAGGCGAAUAUUAGCAAGUAUACUUGCGGCUUUUCCGACUUCCCGAUGCCUGGGAAUGAGAGUAUAUGGAAGACUAUGUCAAGCACUUUGACCUCUACAAGGACAUCGUCUUUGACGCAACGGUCACGCUUGUGGCCAGGAACGCGAACGAUACCAAGCGGCGUGUCGAGUUCACAAAAUCAGGGUCCCGUGGAGGUGCAGGAGUUUGGCAAGGCCGCGCUGUGCCAUGGGUAUCAGACCAAGGCCGUUCUCCAAGCCUGGCUUCACAAGGCAGCCGGCAUGGGGAUGGAAAAUCUCAGCUGGGGCUGGAGGGGGCGGAAGUUCAGGCGACAAGGCCCCAAGAUGUACCGCCUGACGUUCCUUAUCAUACGCUUCACUCCUUGA